UGUAGAAGUCUAGUGGUAUUCUCAUCCUGUACUCUCCAAUACUCCAUGGACGUGGACAACCAACACAUACUCACAAGAUGGUCCAGAAAUACAUAAUGAGGAUAUGCAUAGACAUUGUAUAUACCUAGGUAGGUACAGCUGAAAGCCCAGCCACAUUGGUCAAACCUCCGAACGCAUGUGCACUACCAACGGUAGGUGUAUUAUUAUUCUUUUAUUCUGUCCCGCACGGGGGUAUACAUACAGAUAUACACGCUAUACGUGGUAUGUGGAAAAGAGACAAAGGCAAAAUAUCCAACCCCUAGAGAACAUCAUGGAGUUUCUCUGGUUCUUCAUAGCAUGCGCCCGCCUGCCCCUGAAAGACAAAUUAGGUGAACACAAAAAGAAAAUGGAAAUACCAAAAAAAUCCCAGCCCCAAUUUCACUCCUGUUCUCCCCAGCGCCCCAACGAGUCGCUUGCAGGUGGUAUCAUAUAUCCGUGGGUCAUUUUUUUGUCAUGAGAAAGAGAAAGCGAAAAAAAAAAUCCCAGCCCGUUCCCCACUGACCCUCUCAA